AUGACGCGACAGAGACUCAGGAAGAGGCGUUCUUCUGAAGAAAUUCGUUUCACGUCUUCUUACUACAACGCAAGCGUGCCAGAAAAUGCUCCCGACAACACACCUGUCGUGAGCGAUGAGAUGAUGGGGGUGUUUUUACCAUCAGAAAGUUUUAAACCAGUGUACUCAGUAGAAGUUAGUGAAGACACGCCGAUCUACAGUUCAAUUAUAAAAGUGCAUGCGGACGACCCAGACACGGACCUAAAUGGUAAGAUUUAUUACCGUUUCAGGGAAGAAAGCUCUACAUUCGUUAUUCAUCCACACUUGGGUAUCGUGACUUCAACUAGAACCUUGAAUUUUCAUGAAAAAUCUGUGUAUAAUUUCACGCUGAUGGCUCGCGACAGGGGCAGCGAGCACGACGGACACUGGCCAGCAGAAGCGAAACUCGUGAUUACUGUACAAGAAGUAAAUGUCUUUGAGCCACAAAUGAAAGUUUCACUGCUGGAAGAAAUGAGUCAUAAAGGUCAUUUGUUGCUCGUUGCUAUCGUCACGGUGCUCGAUAAUGAUGAAGGGGUGAGCGGACUCGUUGAUUCCCUUGAAAUUGUGGACGGAGAUCCUGAAAGAGUUUUCAGAAUCAUUCCAAGCGAAGAAACUAACGAAUUUAGCUUGGCUGCCCUCGGAACAAUAGAUUGGGUGUCAAGGCCUUUAGGUUACAAUUUGACUUUAAAGGCAACGGACCGCGGAACAAUAGCUAGAUUUAGUUACAAGGAUAUUUUUGUAGCACCACCAAAAACCACCAAACAACAGCCUUCUCUGUUGAAAAACCAAUACGAGUUCAACAUCAGCGAGGCGGCUCCUCCAGGAAGUUUCGUCGGCAUUCUGGGUUACUGGAUUCCCGGAACCAGCGGAGAAGAAGUGUAUUUUUUAUCUGAAGACAAUAAGGUUCGCGAAUUUGCUGUUGAACCGACUUCAGGAACACUCACAACUGUAAUCCCAUUGGACGCCGAAACUGUGUCGUCAUAUUCAUUCCAAGUUCUUGCGAAAUCUAAAGACCAAUCCGGCGUACAGAUGACAGAAAUAAAAAUACAUGUGAUCGAUGCAAAUGAUAACACUCCAAUGAUUGUUGCUCCUCAAGGUGUGGUGCAAAUGAAUGAAAAUUUACCGGCCAACACUUGGGUUGUCAAAGUACGAGCACAAGACUAUGAUUUUGGGAAAAACGGUGCGGUAUCGUAUUCAUUAGCAAACAGCGAAAAUGUUCCUUUCAAAAUCGAUCACUUCACUGGCGAAGUACGUUCAACCAAGGUUUUGGAUUACGAGUCCGGACGGCGGAUUUGGAAAUUACUAGUUCGAGCGUCUGACUGGGGUGAACCAUUUCGGCGACAAACUGAAAAAAUUAUCACCAUUCACGUCCAAGAUGUCAACGACAAUCGCCCACAGUUCGAGCGAGUCGAUUGUUCAGGCUACAUCGAUCGUUCUGCUCCUCUUGGUACUGAAAUUAUGACUUUAUCUGCCAUUGAUUUCGAUGCCGGCAACAUUAUUUCCUAUCGCAUUCUGUCAGGGAACAACGACCGAUGUUUCGAUGUGGAUUCGGUGAAGGGAGUGAUUUCGCUUAUGUGUGACCUACAGGAUAUGGAAGGAAAUGAGCGAUUUUUAAAUGUCACAGCAACUGAUGGACAGAAUUUUGCAGAUUCAAUGAAUGUGCGCCUACAAUUGAUUCAUUCUCGCAGUGCUGCUUCGCAUACGCCUUGGGUGGAUUUAAAAUGUUCAGACACGUUCGUGACGAAAACUCUGUCAAGUUUACUCGCAGAGUCCGCUGUAAAUAAUGAAGUCCAGAAAUACGCUUCAAAAGCAGCAAACUUGCCUCUUUUUUCGACUAAUCAUCACCCGCCAGUGUUUAACAACCCUCCUAAGGAAGUGAGAGUGCGAGAAAAUUCCGAGAUCGGAACAAUUAUCCUCACAUUGGAAGCUAACGAUGUUGACACAGGCUAUGAUGGCUACCUUGCAUUUGCGAUUUCUAGCGGCAAUCACCAGUCCGUAUUCAGAAUUGAUGUCGACUCAGGAAAUUUAAUAAUUGUUGGCGAAUUGGACAGGGAAAGCAGAGACAAAUAUGUUCUGAAUUUGACGGUCUUUGAUUUGGGUGUACCCCAAAAAUCCUCAUCACAUGAACUAGUAGUCAUUAUUGUCGAUGAAAAUGACAAUAUACCCAAGUUUGAUAAAGUUGCAUACAGUUUUUUCCUUCCCGAAUCAGUCGGUAAUGGUACAAACGUACAUCAGCUCAGAGCUGUCGAUCCCGACUCUGGUCGAUUCGGAGCCAUUACGUACUCGCUCAUUACGGAUACGAAAGAUUUUUGGAUGAACCCUUCAACGGGAUUAUUAAGCGUAUCCGGUUCUCUUGAUUACGAAACUAUAGAAGAAUAUGAACUGCGAGUGGUAGCGACCGACGGAGGUGGGCUGAGCUCUCAGGCUUACAUUAUGGUGCAAGUUGCCGACGUCAAUGACUGCGCCCCACAGUUCUUCGACUCCGAGUAUCUGACCGUAAAGGUCUCGGAAGACGCUCCGGUUGGUUCAUUAGUGAUUCUAAUGUAUGCCUACGACUCAGACUCGUCCAAUUUGCGGUACUUUAUUGACGAAGGAUCGACUACUUUCUCUAUCGAUGAAAACUCUGGGGCGAUACGAGUGGCGGAGCCUCUAGAUUACGAGUUGCGGCUCUCGUACAACAUCAGCAUCCGCGCUACAGAUGAUGGCUUCCAACCGCUCUCAACGCGCACUUCUCUCACCAUAGAGGUUCUAGACGUGAAUGAGAACAUACACGCUCCAACGUUCGGCCGAGACGUUGCGGAGGUGAGGGUGCCGGAGAGCUUGCCGCCACACUCGCUGUUGUUGGCCGCGCCCGCCGUGGACGGGGACAUCAACCCCUUGGACGCCGCCAUUACCUACUCCAUCCUCGGCCAACAGAGCAAAGGGUUGUUCUAUAUUGACCAACAGGGAGACAUCUAUUCCGCUGGCUGGCUAGAUCGCGAGUCCCAGGCCCACUAUUGGCUCACCAUCCGCGCCACCGACUCGGGCACCUCUCCUCUGCACUCAACUCUACACGUCUAUAUUGAAAUCCUGGACGUGAACGACAAUAUCCCGGUGCCCGACUCCCCAAGCUACUCAGCUUCUGUCACGGAGGGCGCCGCGGCCGGCACCUUCGUCGUCGGGGUGACCGCCUCGGACCCGGACUUGGACUCUGUCAUCUCCUACAGCUUCGGCUCGGGCAACGAGCGCGGACACUUCAACAUUGACCCGCAAACUGGAGUUAUUACAACUACGGGAAUUACAUUGGAUCGUGAACAGCAAGAACAUCACACGAUUCAAGUGGUUAUUAGAGAUAAUCCUGAUCCCACUUUGGCCUUGUCGUCCUCUGUGGAUGUUUUCGUCCGAGUGUUGGACGUCAAUGACAACGUCCCAAGUUUUCUUCAAGAGUCCUACAACUUCAGCGUUCCAUUUAUAGAAGGUUUCAGCUCUUGGUCGGGAAGAAUUGAGAACGACGCAGAGGCUUUCGCAGGACAGGUGGUGGCUGGCGAUCUUGACGCGGGUGACAACGGGCGCGUGACGUACAGGCUGCAGCAGGAGGCCCAGUGGCAGGGGCUGUUCAGAGUGCAUCCCGUGUCAGGGGUCGUCACCAUGCGGCAUCCCACCGAAGCGGGCAAAAUCUACACUUUGGCUAUCCGAGCCGAAGAUCAAUCCUCGCCAGCUCGCUGGAGCUCAGUUGAAGUGCACGUCGAGAUCACAGUUACAUCAGAGCCACAGUCGCUUAUUGAACUUCAAGACUCGGAAAUUGUGCGCCUCACAGUUGCCGACGAUGUGCCAGUUGGAUACUUGAUUCACUCAAUCAAGCUGAAGAAGCUCUACUCGACUUCUUUAUGGUAUAACUUCAUAGACGGUAGCAGCGCUGGAGCGUUGGCUCUUGACAACAGAGGUGGACUGCUAGUGGCCGGAAAGCUGGCAGAACAACGCCAACGCGUCUACAACGUCAGCAUAGAAGUGUCAGAUGGCUUCAGCAAGCUCGUUGCUAGGUUAACUGUUGAUGUGAUGUGGAGCAACCCUGAGCGUCCGCGCUUCAUUCGCCCUCGCUACCAAGUUGACAUUUCUGAGAGCACCAAGCCAGGCGUCGCGGUGUUAGCGCUGGAAGCCAACAGAGACAACUCAGCCUCGGAAUUGCUCUAUAAAGUCGAAGGAGUGUACCACCCCAACGACCUCGACCAUUUCGCUGUACAGCCUUCCACUGGAGAACUUAUUCUCGCUCAAAGCUUAGAUAGAGAGGUACGCCAUCAGCACGUCUUGCUAAUAUCGGUGACGAACCAGAAAGAUGCUCGCCGCAAGAAAGAUUAUUGCCACGUCUUUAUCCAAGUGCUGGACCACAACGACCACGCACCCCAGUUCUCGAGUGCCGUUUACAACGCGAGUGUUAGCGAGACUGCCGUUGUGGGGUCGCGUAUCGUGCAGCUCUGGGCCACAGACAAAGACCACGGCGCCAACGGCCUCUUGGUGUAUUCUAUCGCCUCAGGCAAUAUCGAUGGGGCCAUUGGUAUCGACCCGGAAUCUGGUCUUGUGUUCCUGCAACGGACUUUGGAGCGCCGCCAAAUUUCUAAUUUGGUGCUAAGCAUCCGAGCCUCGGACCAGGGAUCGCCGCCCCUCCACUCGUUCACCACCGUCCGCAUCGCCAUCCACCGACCUAAAGAAGCACAGCCAAGGUUCCUACGGAGCUCGACUGUGCUGGAGGUGAGCGAGGCAGCCCGUGUCGGGGACUACAUUGGAGUCCUGCAGGUCGAUUGCCCUGACGGUCUCCAGUUCACGCUCGACAAGAACUUGCGCGCCUUGGACGGCCGAGCGCCCGUCUUGGUAAACCCUUCUUCAGGCAUGGUCAUCCUCGACGCUCCUCUCGACUACGAGCGCCAGCAGUCGUACAACAUGACCGUCACUGCAACGUCCAUGAGCGGUGCAUGGGCUCGUACGUCCCUGAUUCUAGCGGUGCGAGACGAGAAUGACAACGCGCCUUCGUUCAGCAAAAAUAACUAUUGGGGAGAAAUAUCAGAAGCGGCGCCCAUUGGUUCAGUCGUGACCGAAACGCUGCCACCUGCUCACUGGUCCUCUUCGUACCAUCGCUCCAGCGAGCAGAGCGAGACCGCCAGACCUCUCGUCAUCACGGCCCACGACCUGGACUCUGAUCACAAUGCUAACCUCUACUUCGAGAUUGUCGACCUCCCGGCCAGGAACAUCUUCAAGAUAGACCAUGCAACUGGCGCCAUCAGGUCGGCACGUGCGCUGGAUCACGAGCAAGAAUCGCGCGUGCAGUUCAGAGUGGCGGUACGCGACAGCGGCGUCCCUGUACUGGCGGCAGCGGCACUGGCCGUCGUUGUCAUCAACAUCACCGACGUGAACGAUGUGGCACCAAGGUUCCUGCAACAGGAGUACGACGCCAACCUGUGGCAACCGUCGCACGC